GCUGUUGCAAAACCAUCCUAGACUUUUUGCUGCUGCCUGUCGUGCUUCUUUGGGGUUACUGCCGUGCACCCGAAGGCCUCCAUCCUCUAGCCACCAGCCACAUAAAUAGGCCUCUGAAGGAGCUUCUAAAUCACCCACGCCCGAAGCUGUUUUCUUCUGAAGCUGUCUGGGACAGUUUUGCUAAUCAACUGACUGGAAAUAAUUCCAGACACCACAUCAAGGAUACAGAGCCUGGCAAAAGAUCACCCUGAACAAAAUCAGAGGGAAAGAAAAGAGAUUAAAGCAGCGGCUCUCUCAGGGAGAGAGACUAGGGGAAUACUAGAAGCCACAAGCCAAAGAGCUAGAAGCUGAUUUGAAUCUUUUGGGGAACAAUUAUUAAACAGGAGUUGACACAUGAUUUGGGACUUCUACGUUGUGACAUGGAGGAGUCUUCAGUGACAGUUGGCACAAUAGACGUUUCUUAUCUGCCCAAUUCAUCAGAAUACAGCCUUGGCCGAUGUAAACACGCCAAUGAGGACUGGGUUGACUGUGGGUUCAAACCUACCUUCUUCAGAUCUGCAACACUGAAAUGGAAGGAGAGCAUCAUGAGCCGGAAGAGGCCCUUCGUGGGAAGGUGUUGCUAUUCGUGCACACCUCAGAGCUGGGAAAGGUUUUUCAACCCCAGUAUCCCAUCCCUGGGUUUGCGGAAUGUUAUUUAUAUCAAUGAAACUCACACAAGGCACCGGGGAUGGCUGGCAAGACGUCUUUCUUACAUCCUUUUUGUUCAAGAGCGAGAUGUCCAUAAGGGCAUGUUUGCCACCAGUAUCACCGACAAUGUGCUGAACAGCAGCAGAGUCCAAGAGGCAAUAGCUGAAGUGGCUUCAGAGUUGACUGUGGAUGGAUCUGCCCAGCAGCAGACCAAAGCCAUCCAGAAAGUGAAAAGGAAAGCCAGGAAGAUCCUUCAGGAAAUGGUUGCUACCGUGUCCCCAGGGAUGAUCAGGCUGACUGGCUGGGUGUUACUAAAGCUCUUCAACAGUUUCUUCUGGAACAUUCAGAUUCACAAGGGUCAGCUCGAGAUGGUAAAAGCUGCAACUGAGACGAACCUGCCGCUCCUGUUCCUGCCAGUGCACAGAUCCCACAUAGACUACCUGCUGCUCACCUUCAUCCUCUUCUGCCACAACAUCAAAGCUCCGUACAUUGCCUCGGGCAACAACCUCAACAUCCCCAUCUUCAGUACCUUGAUUCACAAACUUGGGGGCUUUUUCAUAAGACGGAGGCUCGAUGAAACCUCAGACGGACGCAAAGACAUUCUGUACAGAGCGUUGCUCCAUGGGCACAUAGUUGAACUCCUCCGACAGCAGCAGUUUCUGGAGAUCUUCCUGGAAGGCACCCGCUCCCGCAGUGGCAAGACCUCCUGUGCCCGGGCAGGGCUGCUGUCAGUGGUAGUGGAUACUCUGUCGUCCAACACCAUCCCUGACAUACUUGUCAUACCCGUGGGCAUCUCGUACGACCGGAUAAUCGAAGGUCACUACAAUGGGGAGCAGUUGGGCAAGCCCAAGAAGAACGAGAGCCUCUGGAGUGUGGCAAGGGGCGUGAUCAGAAUGCUGCGGAAAAACUACGGCUAUGUCCGAGUGGAUUUUGCACAGCCGUUUUCCUUGAAGGAAUAUUUAGAAGGCCAAAGUCAGAAACCUUUAUCUGCCCCCCUCUCUCUGGAGCAAGCACUGCUACCAGUGAUCCUUCCUUCAAGACCUAAUGAUGCUGCAGAUGGUCAUCAAGACAUAUCCACUAAUGAGUCCAGGGACGCAGCUGACGAAGCCUUCCGAAGAAGGUUGAUUGCAAACCUGGCCGAGCACAUUCUCUUCACCGCCAGCAAGUCCUGCGCUAUCAUGUCCACCCACAUUGUGGCCUGUCUGCUCCUCUACAGACACAGGCAGGGAAUCCAUCUCUCCACGCUGGUAGAAGACUUCUUUGUGAUGAAGGAGGAAGUCCUAGCUCGAGAUUUUGACCUAGGCUUCUCCGGGAAUUCAGAAGAUGUAGUCAUGCAUGCUAUCCAGCUUCUGGGGAACUGUGUCACAAUCACCCACACGAGCAGGAAGGAUGAGUUUUUUAUUACUCCCAGCACAACUGUCCCAUCAGUCUUUGAACUCAACUUCUACAGCAAUGGUGUACUUCAUGUCUUCAUCAUGGAAGCCAUCAUAGCUUGCAGCAUUUAUGCAGUCCUGAACAAGAGGGGCUCUGGAGGGUCUGCUGGAGGCCUCGGGAACCUGAUCAGCCAGGAGCAGCUGGUGCGGAAGGCCGCCAGCCUGUGCUGCCUUCUCUCUAACGAAGGGACCAUUUCUCUGCCCUGCCAGACUUUUUACCAAGUUUGUCAUGAGACAGUAGGCAAGUUCAUCCAGUAUGGCGUUCUCACAGUGGCAGAGCAAGAUGACCAGGAAGAUGUCAGUCCUGGCCUUGCAGAGCAGCAGUGGGACAAGAAGCUUCCAGAACCUCUGAACUGGAGAAGUGACGAGGAAGAUGAAGACAGUGACUUUGGUGAGGAGCAGCGAGAUUGCUAUCUGAAGGUGAGCCAGUCCAAGGAGCACCAGCAAUUCAUCACCUUUCUUCAGAGGCUCCUGGGGCCCCUGCUAGAAGCCUACAGCUCUGCUGCCAUAUUUGUCCACAACUUCAGCGGUCCAGUUCCUGAGUCUGAGUACCUGCAGAAACUGCACAGAUACCUUAUCACCAGGACGGAAAGGAACGUUGCGGUAUAUGCCGAGAGUGCCACAUACUGUCUUGUGAAGAACGCUGUGAAAAUGUUUAAGGACAUCGGGGUUUUCAAAGAGACCAAGCAAAAGAGAGUGUCUGUUUUAGAACUGAGUAGUACUUUUCUACCUCAGUGCAACCGGCAGAAACUCCUAGAGUAUAUUCUGAGUUUUGUGGUGCUGUAGGAAUCUCUCAGCACCUAUCUCGAGCGAGGAGCUAAUGAGUCCCUUGCAGACUCCAGUCUGACCCAGAGUGCCAGGUGUCCUGGCAUGGCCCAGCCUGCUCUACCCCGAGGAGACUUCCAGGAAGACACGUGCCUUCUGCCCCUGUGGACCUGCGCUCCUCCCAACACAGAUGCAGUGGCCUGCGCAGAGCACUUGGGGCCAGUGCCAUCUGUUAUUCAUGAUCACUAGGUUACUAGGUGAGAUCUCAGUAAGUUAUUUUGGAGUUUAUUAAAGAUUCACAUUUUAAGUAUAACUUUUCAGGCUAGUUACUGUGAUGGACAUUGAGAUGUUUGUAGAACUGACUCUUAUGUAGUAAGUAAUAAUGUUUCCUUUAAAAUCAUUGGGUCAUCCAUUCUCUGUCUCCAUUAUCGCUGUCAACGGAAGUUAUGGUCUGUAUGUGAGCCCUUUCCUCUCACGUGCUUUACUAAGGAGCAGUGUUGUCCUGGGCUGGCAGACGCAAAGUGUGUAUGAAUAGCUGCCAAAAGCAGACGAUGCUGUGAGGAAAGAGCCAGCGUCAGGAAGCAAAUCUGUGCUUGGCUGGGAAAGUGGCAUUAAAGGCUUUGCUCAGGUGACAAGAGUGCCAUUGAGCUGUAAUGACCACAGUGUCUGGAGUCCCUGCUGCUGACACCUGUACCCUCCUUGCCCGUGGAGUGACAGGCACCUGCUGCUUUUAAGGAGCUCGGCUGCAGCGCUUGCUGGCUUGUGGCACUCUGGCUACACACUGCUGACACAGGGGUUCCGAACACUGCUCACACACUGGGUGCUGCGGCCUGUCUGGAUGGCUAGUAGCCAGAUGGUGCAUUGUGCAGCCUGUGUGACAUGUACAGUGACCCUACUGAGUGGCCGGUGGUUGGAGGAAUAGACAUUUGUAUGGGUGACAUACAGACUUCAUUGCUACGUAAAGGUGAGGAACUAUUGAACAAUUUCUGUUUUAGUGGGUAGGUGCCUUUUUGUGAGCAAGGAGCAUAAUUGUUAGUUAUUUGUGGUAAUUAUAGCAGUUUCUCAAUGAUCACGUGACAAUACAAUCUCUGUCUACUCUCCAUAUCUUUGAUUUUAAGGAAUUAUGAAUUUUUCUGAUGAGUGUUAUGUAGAUGAUUUGAAUUUAUAAAAGUAUUAGGGAUGAGGUUUGUACUUUCCUGAACUUGAAUUUCAAACACUAAUUGUAUCCUGUGAGUGACGUGUGUGUUGGGGGAGGGAGGGGUCCCGCCUGGCAUUACACAGUGCGUGAAGUGGCUGCUCUGGAGCUCGUAGCGACAGUGCUGUGCUGUGGUGACCUCCACCCUUGCCUUGUGCAUGGCACGUCUCCUUUUCCUUUGCAUCAGUUCUCUGUCAGCUGUAGCCUUUGGUGUGGAGUGAGGUGUUCACCUUCAGCCUCUGCAUCACUAACUAGGGUAGGCUGACACUUCCCUUAGCUGUACUUUGGGGGACACCCGGGGAGUCUGGUUUAAUCCCUUGGGUUUACCUCAUCUGGGGACCUCAUUUUCUUGGUCUCGGUUCUUUCUUUACCCUCUAAAUGGAAACUGAAGGCGGCUCCCUCUGCUCUGUCAGUGGGUGUUGCUGCCCUGCCUGCCAGCUCUGCAGAUAACCACUGCUCCCCAGCCUGUGCAGAGACAUGCGCGGCCCUUGUCCCUCGCUGUGUUCUCCCUUUUGGUAGGUGUUCCUUUAUGGACUGCAGUUUACUUGCUGUUGCCUGACAAUUAACUCACUGUGAGGAUAGGUAUGCACGCUUUUCAUAAUUAACUGGUGCUUUGAAACUUUUCAUGAGGAAGAAAAAAUCUCAACCAAAGUUAUGCUCUUCCUGACAAGCUGACCCUUGAGUUAAUUUUAGCACAACUCAUUCUUCAGUGCCUCUUUAUGGAAGAGAAAAGCAUCACAGUAAGGCUUCAGGUAGCCCUGUUCCCUAAGAGAAACGUCCCCUUGUUUUCCAGCAGUGGGUGGCUUCCUCGAAUGACUAAACAAACUAGGUGCUUGUAUAUAAUUGAUUACAGUUUACUCUACUGCAUUUCUGUCAAAUUGAAAUGCAUGCCCUUCAGGGGAGACUGUGAGUCAAGUUUAAUAAAUAAAAACGUAAUACUAAGCAAUAUGAAGCUGCGCUCUGCUUUUAAGCGAGGCUAAACCAAGUAAGUCAGAGGGGAGGGUGUGUGCUCUCCAAAUCCUAAGGAAAAUGAAGGCAAAAACAAGUGUUAAGUCAGCUCACCGGGAACACACUCUGCCCAUCCUGACUCUGUUAAACCGUGGAAGUCAGGAGGCCGAGUGCAGACAGUGUAUCUGGGAUGGCAGGGAGUGGAGGCUUGGCCAGGAGUUCCUGCUGCCGCCUCCCUCGGUUCCGCCUCCCUCAGUUCCGCCUCCCUCGGUUAUGUAGUGUUUGGAUCAUGUGAUGCCCUGAGACGGGGAUCUGUGGGAAUACACAGCGCCCUGCACAUAGCGUUUCCCAAACUGUUUGGACCUCAGGACCUUUCCCCUCUGGGACACUGCAUGCCAUGGAAAACGUUUUCAGAAACUACAUUAAUCUUUCUUUAAGCAGACCAAAUGUCACGGUAGUGACAGGCAGACUCCUGCAUGCUUUUUUUAAUCUCUCACAAUGCACCGCGUGCUCGAUAUCUUUCCUCACUGGAAAGAGUAAGCACAGGAAACGGGCUGCAGCGCCUUCCUUGUGGAAGAUCUACUGGCAACCCUGGCCUUUUUAAAACUGAGAGUAGCAGAAUUAAUAGAGGAAUUAAUUGAGGUAAAUAAUAAAGGAUUUAAUUCAGAUCUAGUAGAAAACUGCACAGCUGAAUGCAGAUUUUUAUCCAUAGAUAACCGUAGUGUUUUGAAAUGAUAGGCCCAAUCUUUGAAGUUUCUAAGACUUACUAUGGGAUGUAAAUCUGUUUUUUAAAAACACUUUUUAGGGGCUUGAGAGCUGCCACCUGGCACUUAGUUUAGUAUGACCAGUGACUGCUUCAAGAGACUCUUGACCUUGCUUCCCAACAGCUAAAGGGCUAACUGUCUUUAUGGAAGGCAUUUGUUACAGUAUUUGCCCAUUGUACAAAGCAAUGCUAGAUUGUUGUAAAAAGAAUGACUACUGUAAAAUAGCACUGUAUGAUUUUGUGAGUGACACUGCCUUUGAAAUGGUGACUGAUUUUUAUGCCUGAUGAUGGUUCAUCCUGAGAAGCAUGGAAUGGAGCUUUGUUUUAAUAAACCAUAAAAAAAAAAAACUGA